AUGGACCCGCCACUGACCCCGACGCCCGGCCUCGGUGAGUUGCGACCGCCAGGCUCUUCCACCUCAUCAACAGCAAGCCCGCGAAAUCGUCCCCAGCGCUCCGAUUACCCACUCCACACCGACACAAAAGCCGGGAACGGUCCAAUGGGCGGCCGUUCUCAAGACCGGGGACCUGCUACGUCGUCCGAGACUCGCUCCAAGGCGGCCCCCGCGCCUGAUAAUGGUCCAGCCAAAUCCUCUGAGUCGCCGGGGCGCAAGAAGAAGUCGGGACGCAAAAAGAAAUCGGGGCGCAAAAAGAAUCGCAAUCGACAAGAGUCCUUCCUCACACCCGCCAAAGAAGAGCCCCAUGACCGACCUGGCUCUGGUUCGGGGACCGGCGCCGCUAUAGAAUCCAUGGAGGGUGAACGGCAAACUUCAAAGGACAACAAUCCGUCGUUUUUCAAAUUGGGCAGGAACCUGAGUAAUACCAGCGUCGAGAGUGAUACGUUGCUCGACCAUCGGCACCAGCGCAUGAUGCGGCCUCGUCGUGACAGUCGACUGGCAUCUUCCGUUCGCCCCAGCUCCCUAUUAUCCAGUGCCUUCCGAGGAAACGACGGAAGAUCACGCAACUCACAAGCCGGAGGCGGAAAGCGCGGCCAGCAGUACCAGGAUGAAGACAGUGAUGGGUCCGAGGCGAACGACCGAACGCCUCUGGUGCGGCCCUCGUUGAAUCGUCCGAAUUCUGGUGCAGCGUCGGGAUUGACUCGCUAUGGAACGGAAUCGCGACCGAGUCCAUUUCCUUCUCGUCAACGGCGGCCGUCGGUUCAUACGUCGUCAUCACAAUGCUCGCCAGGUGGUCACAGCCCGGCGUAUUCGCCAGAGAUCGACCGCGAUUAUGAUGUCAAUAACCCGCCUUCGAUUCCAGGCUCCCCAAAACUCGGCCCGGAUAUGAAUUACGACGAUGCGUUAAUGACGGGCGCAGAAUUUGACUUUACGUUCGAAAACCGCAGGUCUUCGUUAGGGCCUCUGGGCGAGAGUCUGAUCAAUAUCGAGGGCGGUCCUCCUCCACACAGCUCCGCGCCAUCAUCUCCUCAUUCAGGGCGGUUUUCUCCCCAGGACCCACGCCGGCGCCGGACAGUCACAUUACCAGUGGAGGAAGAUGUGUGCUUUCCUAACCAGGAAGAGAUCUCGGAAUUGGGAGACGAAGGCGUGUGCGCCGCCCGUGGUGAGCCCGGGGAGCGCCGCCGACGCAGGCACCGACGCUGGCCUGAUCUCUCAGUACUGGAGGAGUGGAGUCGCGAAGAGAAGGAGGAUCGCAGUGGAGACCUCCGCUCCAAAAAGAUCAGCGAACCCAUGCUUAUUGAGGGUCGACUCCGUCCUCAGUAUAAAUUAUGGCGCCGCGAGGAGGACGAGGCGCCGUAUCGAUUUACCUACUUCAACGAGGAGUUUCAGAGCACCAUCCAUGCGCAAACAAUAUCGGAGUUGGUACAGCCUGGAAGUAGCUUCCGAGAGCUUUUUAUUCCUGAUCCACCCGAAUUGGAAGAUUCCUCAGAUGAAUCCGACUUUGAGGGCUACCAUUCAGGUCACGAAUUCGGACAUUCGACGAACACUGGCCUGCGAGGACAGAAUUCCCAUAAUGACCUCAAAGAACCACCGUCGAACUCUCAAAGCGGCGCAGCUACCCCCAUCGCAUAUACCACCACCAAAAGUGGACAGGACAUGGUACAGACUACUACCGAUACAAAUGGGUCGCGAGGACAGUCUCGCUUGCCAGUUAUCGGCGAAGGUCACCCGGAGUCGCAACGCGAAACCUCACCGGUGCAGUCACACCUUGGCCCCAAACCCAAGAAAUAUGGACCUCGGCCAACAUUUUGGCUAGAUGUGCUUUCCCCCACCGAUGCAGAGAUGCGGGUGAUUGCGAAGACCUUUGGCAUCCAUGCCUUGACCGCCGAGGACAUCAUGAUGCAGGAAGCGCGCGAGAAGGUGGAGUUGUUCCGCAGCUACUACUUUGUCAACUACCGCACGUUCGAGCAAGACACGAAUAGCGAAGACUACCUCGAGCCGGUCAACAUGUAUGUGGUGGUAUUCCGAGAGGGUGUAAUAUCCUUCCAUUUCUCGCAAACCCCGCACCCGGCCAACGUGCGCCGACGCAUCCGCCAACUCAUGGACUAUCUGAUUCUGAGCUCCGACUGGAUUUCCUAUGCCCUAAUUGAUGACAUUACGGAUGUUUUCGGCCCCCUCAUCCAGGCGAUCGAGGACGAGGUCGACGAGAUCGAUGAAAUGAUCAUGCAGAUGCACUCCUCAAGCAAGGAGGGCUCGCCUAAUGACAGUCUGCAGCCCUCGUUCGCUCCCGGUGAAAUGCUUCGGCGAACAGGAGAAUGCCGCAAGAAGGUCAUGGGACUCUACCGCCUGCUCAGCAACAAGGCAGACGUGGUGAAGGGGUUCGCCAAGCGCUGCAAUGAGCAAUGGGAAGUGGCACCCAAGUCGGAAAUUGGUCUAUACCUGGGCGAUAUCCAAGACCAUAUUAUGACCAUGACGGGUAACUUGACACACUACGAAACGAUUCUGUCUCGUGCGCAUUCCAACUACCUCGCGCAGAUCAACAUUCUGAUGAACGAGCGCCAAGAACAGACUGCUGAUGUCUUGGGCAAGCUCACGGUUCUAGGUACCAUCGUUCUCCCCAUGAAUAUCAUUUGUGGUAUGUGGGGUAUGAAUGUUAAGGUCCCGGGGCAAGAUAUCGAUAAUCUCUAUUGGUUCUGGUCGAUCACGGGCGGGUUGAUUUUCUUUGGUCUUGCCUCGUUCCUGAUCGCCAAGCGAGUCUACAAUAUUGUUUAG